AUGGUUCUUUUUAGUGAACUUUUUCCUUUAAUAUUCCAAAUACAAAUAAGAAAAUAACUAAAACCUUGUUAAAACCCUAGCUAUAUACCUGUCGGCUGACUUCCCCUCUUCUUCCCUCCGGAACGGCCAUCUACUGAGUUGCAGGUAGAGGAGCUAUGAAGGUGAAAAAAGGGACCGAGCAGGAACCAACGAAAGAGGUAGAGGGAGAAGAGCAAAAGAAAAUAGAUGCGGUAGCUAAACAGUCUGAAGAAGACUACUCUGAUGAAUCCCCGGUUGUUUCCGACGACGACGAUGAGGAAUUUUCUGAAGACAAUGGCUCAGUGAGAGAGUCAGGGACAGACGAAGAAAGUGAACUCUCUGGUAGUGAGGAUGUUUUUGUCUCAAGUGAUGGUGAUGAUGCCACCACCAAUGCAGAUGAUUUAGCUGGUGCUGGCCCAAGUAACAGUAAUAGAGAUGACUCGGGUCAUAGUGAUGUAGAUGAUAGUGAAAGUGAUGACUCCCGUCCAGAAGUUGAGGAGAGUGACUCAUCUGAAGAUGAGGUUGCUCCUCGUAAUACUGUGGGGAAUGUUCCGUUGAAAUGGUACAAAGAUGAGGAACAUAUAGGAUAUGAUCUUGCCGGGAAGAAGAUCAAGAAAAAAGAGAAACAAGAUAAAUUAGAUUCAUUUCUUGCCAGUGCUGAUGACUCCAAAAAUUGGCGUAAGAUUUAUGACGAGUAUAAUGAUGAAGAAGUGGAGCUGACCAAAGAAGAGAUCAAAACGAUUCGCAGAAUGCUGAAAGGGAAAGCACCUCAUGCUGAUUUUGAUCCUUACGCACCAUAUGUGGACUGGUUUGCCUGGGAUGAUGCAAAGCAUCCGCUUUCCAGUGCUCCAGAACCAAAGAGACGUUUUAUUCCUUCAAAGUGGGAGAGCAAAAAGGUUGUUAAGUAUGUACGUGCAAUAAGAAAGGGGCUAAUAAAAUUUGAUGAGAAGCCAAAAGAAGAACCAAAAUUCUAUCUUUUGUGGGGAGAUGAUUCGACUGCAAUGGAAAGACAAGGGUUAUCUUAUAUUCCUGCUCCAAAGCCUAAGCUGCCAGGUCAUGAGGAAUCAUAUAACCCCUCUUUGGAAUAUAUCCCAACAGAAGACGAGAUCAAAUCUUAUGAGCUUAUGUUUGAGGAAGAUCGGCCAAAGUUUAUUCCAAAACAGUUUGAAUCCUUGAGAAGCGUUCCAGCAUAUGACAAAUCUGUCAAAGAAACAUUUGAUCGAUGUCUGGAUCUUUAUUUAUGCCCCAGAGCUCAUAAAAAGCGACUAAAUAUUGAUCCUGAGUCCUUGAAACCAAAGUUGCCAAGCCGCAAAGACCUCAGACCUUACCCAACAACUUGUUAUCUUGAAUAUAAAGGUCACAGCGGUCCUGUUGUUUCAAUUUGUACAGAACCUAGUGGGCAGUGGAUUGCUUCUGGUUCAAAGGAUGGAACUGUGCGCAUAUGGGAGGUUGAGACUGGAAGAUGUAUAAGGAUUUGGGAGCUGGGGGAAGCAGUUCAGCAUGUGUCUUGGAAUCCAGUGCCCGAGCUUCCUAUCUUGGCAGUCUCUGUCGGACCAGAUGUAUGUCUUUUGAAUGUUGGCCUUGGGAAUGAAGAAGGACAAAAGACGGUUGAAGAACUAUUGCGUGUUCAGACACCACCCGUGACAGAUGACUCUGACAGUGGUUCCCUUGUGAGCUGGUCUCAGGAUGAUAAGUUUGGAGGAAUCAGGUUAAAGCACUCUAAGACAGUUACUUCUGUAGAGUGGCAUCGUAAAGGAGACUAUUUGUCAGUAGUGUCGCCAUCUGGGGACGCAAGAGCAAUAUUUAUUCAUCAACUCUCAAAGAAGAAUACCCAACGGCUUCCAUUCAAGCUGCAUGGAAUUCCGGUUUCAACUGCUUUCCAUCCUACUCGCUCUCUCUUCUUUAUAUCAACCAAGAAAUUUGUUCGUGUCUAUGAUCUGCUGAACCCAAAAGCUAUCAAGAAACUUGAAACCAAAUUACGUGAAGUAUCCUCUAUUUCCAUUCACUCAAGUGGUGAUCACGUCAUUGUUGGAAGUAGAGAGGGGAAACUGUGUUGGUUUGACAUGGACCUUUCAUCUCAGCCUUACAGAGUUCUCAAGUGUCAUCCAAAGGACAUUAACAAAGUUGCCUUCCAUCGUUCUUAUCCUUUGUUCGCUUCAUGUUCUGAUGACUGCUCUGCAUAUGUCUUCCAUGGAAUGGUUUAUUCAGAUCUGAACCAAAAUCCCCUAAUAGUCCCUCUGGAGAUUCUCCGGGGUCACGCCAUUGAAAAUGGAAGAGGCGUUCUUGACUGCACGUUCCACCCGAGGCAGCCGUGGUUAUUUACAGCAGGCGCCGAUUCUGUGAUCAAGCUCUACUGUGACUAAGAUCACUGCACCUAAAGGGAAGAGUUUGAAAGAUGUUCACAGACCCACAGAUUCCUUUCAAUUGUAAGGCAACAACCUUAAUGUGGAGGAAGGAAAUGGACAUUGUUGUCUGUUUAUUCCUCUUCAUUUGGUCUACAGUUUUGUUCUUGUUUCUGUAGUUGGGAAUCCAUGUUUUCAACACUAAUAUUCUUUACCAUACCAAACAAGUACACUCCACAUUGCCAAAGUUGAAAUGAGAUGUAUGGUUCCGUUUACUAA